UUUGAAAAGGCUGCCUUUGCCCUUUCUGCCACCGCAGCCAGUCUCAAUGCAGUUCAGCUCAAUGCAGGUUAUUUAGAACAUGUAAAACCACAACCAAGGUAACUAAGCUGCUAAACCAGCGAGAAAAGGCAAACCAAGCCAAAGGAAAUCUUCUAAUUAAAAAAAAAAAACAAAAUCACGAAGGAAAAAAAAGACCCAAAAAAAUCAAGUGUCUGUUAUUUAUCACCGAGAUGCUCAUUAUUGAGUCAACAGAGCAAUGAGCAUCUGGAAAAUCUGUUAGAUGACAAAAGAGAUGACUUAGAAUGUGCACUAAUGAGAGGAAAGGAAGGAGACAUGUUUUAUGGAUCAUGUGUGUAGAAAUCAUUUAGGUUCUUUGAUGCUGAUCUAAAGCGCAGAUGCUGAGAUCUGAUGCCCUUGUGGAGUUUGGUGACAUUUCGGACGGUGAGUGGGAUCACGUGGACAAACACAGCUGACAAUAACCUCCGCCGUCUGAGAUCAACAGGCCCGCGGACACAUCCGCGCGCUCUGACGGCGGCGGAGGGUUUCGCUCCGGUCCGACAGCCGAUUUCCCAGCUGCCAGUCAAACCGGCGGAGGCUCGGCGGAGAGGAGGGACCAGGAGGAGGACGCGCAUCCAUCCAUUCAUCAGUCCCGCAAGUGAGCCCACUCCGCUGCCGCCCGGACCUCCCGCCUGCUCCAGCCAGCCAGCCAGCCGCUCGGCGCGCGGAGGCGCGAGACGAGAUCGUCUGUCUCACGCGCAAACCGCCGAGCAGAGAGAGGGUGUUGGGAAGGACGUUGAGAGCUGAAAUUUUUCUAAAAGAUCCGUAAAAGGAGCUCGUCAGUCGGAGGCGGAGGGGAGGGAUUCAACGCCGCUGAACUCCAAUCCACGGCGCGCAUUUGUCCGCCCAGGUGGACGUCUGCCUGCUGUGGAUACGGGAACCAUGACCCAGGAGGGGCAGGCUCUGCCCUGUUCCACCCAAACAGAGAACCUCGUGGAGCCAGACGACAUCGCCGCUGACCUGCCAUCAGAGCCCCCCCAUGAGGGCAGACUGGAGGCGUCGGACAUCACAGGGGAGACGAAAGAGGAGGAGGAGGUAGGAGAGGAGGCGAAGGAGACAGACAGAGAGGAUGCAAUACAACAGAGCGAGGAAAAGGAGGGAGCUGAAGGAGAGCAGCAACGGACCAAAGGAGAGGCGGGGGAGACGACAGAGGCAGAGGAGGGAGGAGAAAGUGAAGCUACGCAUCCACCGACAGAAGACGAGACAUCUGAUCCUCGACUGCCUGAGCGUUCGGAAAACGGCAUUAGUGUGAAGGAUGAAGAGGAUGAGGAGACGGAGGAGGAUGGAGAGAAGAUAAACGCUCAUUUGGACACCUUUAGCUCUAACUUUGAGACCACAGUUGAAGAGGCUGACACUGAAGUGGAGGAAGAGGAGGAAGAGGUCCAGAGGGACGGAGAGGAAAGAGAAAACCAGGACAGCUUCAGCUCUGCGUUCGAGCAGAUUGUUGAGCAAGUUGACCUUCAAGAGGAGGAAGAGGAGGACGAAGAAAUGCAGCUGGAGGAAGAGGAGGAGAGAGACAAAAACAAGGUGGACAACAAGGACGGCUUCAGCUCUACAUUUGAGCGCAUCGUAGAGUCCGCCCUGCUGCGGGGCGGGACAUGCUACAGCAGCCUGGACUCUCUGGAUGUUUUGUCCCUGACGGACGAGACGGACAGCUGCGUGAGCUUCGAGGCUCCGCUGACGCCUCUCAUCCAACAGCGGGCGCUUUUCCUGGGGCCCGAACCGCUGGAGCUGGAGUUGGCGACCGUUCAGGAGCAGGAAGGGGCCGAGGCCGGACCCGAGCGCCUCGAUGGGGAACUUGCAGCAGGGGAGGUCCGUGGGGCCGGAGCCGAGGCUGGGAUGGGAGGAAGUCCGCUGAGGACGACCAUUCCCGGGAGCAGGUCGGAGUUUGUGCUGAGCCAGCCGGGGCGCUGGAACAUCCCCAACGGAUACCACUCGGAGAGCCAGAGGGCUUUUGAGGGCUGUGGAGCCAUGACCAACUCUGUCAGCGAUGCCAACCUCACAGAUGUGCCUUCUGACUCGGAGGAGUGUGAUCUGGGCAGUCUGGAGCCUUUGGAACGCGGGAGCACCGACACUCUGGCCAAUGGCUGCCGAGCGGACGGCGAGGCCGCCAAAAGACUCGCCAAACGGCUCUAUCACCUCGAAGGCUUCAAGCGCUGUGACGUGGCCAGACACCUGGGCAAGAAUAACGAGUUCAGCCAGAUGGUGGCAUCGGAGUACCUGAGUUUCUUUGAUUUCUCUGGUCUUUCUCUGGAUCGAGCUCUGAGAAACUUCUUAAAGGCUUUUCCUUUGAUGGGAGAAACCCAGGAGCGAGAACGGAUCCUCGUGCAUUUUUCCAGACGUUUCUGCCACUGCAACCUGCAGACGCUCACCUCUGAAGAUGGAGCCCACACAUUAACCUGCGCCCUAAUGCUGCUCAACACGGAUCUUCACGGUCACAACAUUGGGAAGAAGAUGUCCUGCCAGCAGUUCAUCAGUAACCUGGACGGCCUAAACAACGGCAAAGACUUUCCUAAAGAUUUACUGAAGGUUCUCUAUAACUCCAUCAAGAACGAAAAGCUUGAGUGGGCCGUCGAGGAGGAGGAGCUCCGGAAGAGCCUGUCCGAAUUAGUGGAGGAGCAGUGUGAGGGCGGGAGUAAACGUGUUGCCAGGGUAACGGACAGCAGUAACCCUUUCAUCGCCAUUCCCAUUCUUUUGAAUGCGGUCACCUACAAACAUGGAGUGUUGACCCGAAAGAGUCACGCGGAGAUGGACGGCAAACGCACCCCCAGGGGUCGUCGGGGUUGGAAGAAAUUCUACGCCGUUCUGAAGGGAAUGAUCUUAUAUCUUCAGAAGGAUGAGUACAAACCGGAUGCAGAUCUGUCAGAGGUGGACCUGAAGAACGCCGUGAGGAUCCACCACGCUUUGGCCACUCGUGCCACUGAUUACAGCAAAAGAGCAAACGUUCUAAAGCUCAAAACCUCCGACUGGAGAGUGUUUCUGCUGCAGGCCCCGAGUGAGGAGGAAAUGAUGUCUUGGAUUUUUCGGAUAAACCUGGUGGCGGCGCUGUUCUCAGCUCCAGCCUUUCCCGCUGCCAUCGGCUCCAUGAAGAAAUUCUGUCGGCCCAUUCUGCCGUCAUCGUCAACACGACACACCCAGGAGGAGCAGCUGGUGAGCCAUGAGAGACAGCUGAAGCAGAUGGGUGUGGAGCUGGAGGAGCAUCGCAAAAACCAGCCAGCUGUCGACCCAAAGAGCCGAGAGUGGGAGGAGUACCGGCUAAAGGAGCACUACCUCACCUACGAGAAGACACGGUAUGAGACGUACAUCAGCCUCCUGCAGGCCAAAAUCCGCGCGGAGACGGACGACUUGGAGAAGAUCGAGACCAGCGUAAUGGGGAGCCUGUUCAUGGACGGUCGCGAGUGCCUCCUCCGAAAGACACAGUCCUCCCCAUCCAUCAGUCAGGCCCACGCCGGCCUGAACGGAAGGAUGGCCGGCUGCUCGGCUCCCGGACAGAGGACUGAGGAAGGGAGAUGAACAGGGACCAGACAGUCAAAGUAGCAUCUUCCCGUCCCCUAAACUAGAAUAAUCCUUCAAUUCCAUACCGGAUCUGUAAUUACUUUUCUGUGUUAGGACUCCUUUGAGUCUUCACUAUGCCUCCACUCCCCUUCCAAGAUGUGAUCAAACCCGAGGAAGUGUCUGUCCUGGAGCAAAACGGGAAGAAGACGAGGAGCAUGCCCUUCAUCUCAACCGCUCGUUGUGCUUAAGCUCUUUUUUUUCUACUUCUUUAAUUAUUGCACAUUAAAAGCGAUCACAACUGUGAUCCCUAUUUAUUGCUACACCAUCAGUAUUAUUUGUAAACCUAAGUGAAGCCUUUAGUGGAUCUUAGUUAUGAGCAGAACUCUGUAAGGCCAAAAAAGAAAACACAGACGGUCUAGUUAGUCUUCUGUUUGUGGUCCGUGCUCUGCUGUCAUGGAAUCAGGAAACGGGUCAGAUUAAGAUGGUAAACAAGGUACUGCUGGAGCGUAUCGGCCUUUCGUCAAACCCACGCUCCCACUCUCAGCCAGGCACGCACAGUGUGUUCAAUGGACCUACAGCACAUGCAGAGCGCGGCGUAAGAAACAGAUCUGCAAGAAAGUCUCUGUUUAUCAUAUUUAUUUAUUUAUUGAACUUCUAAGAACCUAUAUUUGCCCCAGAGAGGGUUUAAGACACAAGGUUAGCUGAACGUGGAGUGCCUUAAUGAAGGCCACAGAGUGAUCAAAAGUCUGGUCCUUUUGGGGUUGUGGAGACCCCAAACACCAGUCUUUUUUUUUUUUUUUUGUCUUUUGAGGAAAAUGAUAUCUGAAUGAAAGCACUGUGCGGUUAGCUGUUGCCCCCUCAACGCUUCUUUUUUUGUCAGUUGACGGAGCUUAUACCGAACAAGAUUUCUAAUUAUAGGAAAAUGGAGCAGAAUGGACUGGUGGGGGGUCAGAGACGUGCGGUACGGGUGGGUCGCUGUGCAGUCACGCCCUGGCGGGCCUUUUAAAAAAAACAGGGUUCUACUAUUUUAUGAGUGACGGACUGAGCGCGCUCACAGAAACAGAGCUCUACAAUCAAAGCUGGAUUGCUCAAAAUCAUCUUCAGAAACAUCCAGGUGACAAAAGAAACCAUGUUAGUUUUCUGACAUCCAUGGACCUAUUAAAGCAUUUACCAGCCUGAUAAAACAAUGGAAAUUCAUUGAUCUAGUAUGCUUUUUCCAAAUUGAAUGUUUAUAUUUUUUAGUGUCCAGAUCCUUGCCUUUUUUAAAUAUAUCUUUUAUUUUGUAUUCCCCCUUUGGUUUUAAAAGGAACUGGCUGAUAGCAGGCUGUAGCAGCAGGACUGCUUCAGCUCAGGAAACCUGGUUAUGGAAGAACAGCAGCAAAAUAUGCCACAAGGCUGUGCAAGAGAUCAGACCCGGUUCCUGUGAAAAAGGCUUUCGUUUUCUAUGUACGUCUCCGUCCCUUUGGAAAAAAAAAAGCGAAACAGGCAUCCACCUCGAGUUAAAUAGACCACAGCAGGUCCAACUCUUGAAGUUCUUGGGGAGGAGCGGUGGUGGUACAGCCUUUAGUGAGCACCUUAACCUAAUGUACUCUGACUCAUCAUGUAUGACACAACUGUAGAUGCAGCUACUCCACCCCCUCCGGUCCUGGUGGGAGGCAGACGCCUGACGUUACCGAGGUUCUUUGAGCAUAUAUAUCUCCGGCUCUUGGUGCUGCACUUCUCCUGCUUUUUGUAAUGCAUUAAUUGUGAUGCGCAAACUCUUAAAUCCCAUUGGGACUUUGCAAGAAACUUGAAGUCACAGCUGGAAUUCUGAGUCGGAGACUUGUACAGCACACAGGACAGUAGAAGGGUUUUUGAAGAUCAACCUACUUUUUUUUUUUUACAAAAACCAGUGUGGGUAGAUAAAUAACUACUUUCUUACAGGGAGAAGUCCCAAUAAAGUCACUUUGGCUAUUGUGCUAACUGAUGAUUCCUAAUGUUUUAGGGUAGGCCUGUGCUGUAAUAUCAGAUUGUGGGGAAAAAAGUGUGAAUUGUUACAAUUUAUUAAAAAAAACAAAAAAAAACAGACAACUUUGGCACUUUGAUGCUAAAUGGAUUUGUCUCUUAGUUUUGUUUGUAUAUCUGCAGUUUUGAACAGGAUGGUCAUACAUUGUGAAUGACAUAUUUACCGAAUAUUUACUCUGUGCUUCAUAAAGCGAGCUUUCAUGUACAAAUA